AACACGUUUGCGUCAUUUCCCUUCAGUGUUUUUUCUAGAAUCACUCUCUUGCGGGGUGAGCUGAAAACCGAAUAAAAACGAUUCGUUUUUUCUAUUUUGCCCCCACCGUAAACCCAGAGGGUCUGUAGUGAAUGCAGAUAUGUCGCACACAAUUUUGCUUGUCCAGCCGACCAAGAGACCAGAGGGCCGCACGUAUGCAGACUACGAGUCAGUAAACGAAUGCAUGGAAGGUGUUUGCAAAAUGUAUGAAGAACAUCUGAAGAGGAUGAAUCCAAACAGUCCAUCCAUUACUUAUGACAUUAGUCAGCUGUUUGACUUCAUUGAUGACCUUGCAGAUCUGAGCUGUCUUGUGUAUAGAGCCGACACACAGACAUACCAGCCGUACAACAAAGACUGGAUUAAAGAGAAGAUAUAUGUCCUCCUGCGGCGUCAGGCUCAGGAAGCGGCAAAGUAAAGGCACGUUUACUUUGCCGCGUUAGCCGUGUUGUCCUUUUACAUGCACCUGGAAGGAUUUAAAACUGCUCGUUUAUUGCAGACUCCUUCAGAUAUGUCUACAAGUACAACACUCUCAGGCUGGCAAGGGAAGGGUUCAUUUUAAAUAAUGCAUACAUUGGAAAAUGUGGUGGGGUGGAAAAAAAUUUGGGGCUUUAUAUUGAAAUUUUGUUAUGUCUAUUGGUUUUACAUGCAUUUCCAAUUUAUUACACACUGAUAAUUGGGCUAAUGGCUGCAAAGAUGUUCUCUCUGCAGUAUUUGCCUUCAGAAGUGUUUUACGUUACGGUUGGAUUUUUUUUUUUUUUUUUUUUUUUUCUGCAUUUACUGCCGGCUAUAAAUGUAGCUGAGUUGUCUUUAAAUUAGAGUGAAGUGAAAAUAUUCAUAAGGUAAUUCUUUGUCAUUUCAUUUCUUUUACUACCAUAAAACCAGUAAUUAUGGUGGGAAACUGUUUUUGUAACUUUUAAUUUUGUUAAUUUCAGACUUUCUAAUGUCUUCUAUCAUCUUUUGAGUUAAAUAAAAUAAACUUGUUUUCUGAC